AUUUUAGUUGACCAGUGACUCGCGGAUGAGGAGUUGUUUGGCAGAGACACAGUCGCAGAGUCUGGGGGGUGGGUGGUGUUUUAGUGAUAUUCCGGACGGAUCUGAUGUGCGAAGUCUCCCGUACUCGUGAAUCACUCUUCGCCGAUUCAUGAGCGCAAAGCGACGCUUUUCCUCUGCGCUCACUCGCUGCAGAAACUCGGCGGAGAGCAGAGAAGCGAAAGAGUGGGAGCAACAACAACAAAAAUAACUCCCAAGAGAAGAUGGGAUUAAUUCUGCCCGGUAUCGACCCAAGAGGGACUCAAUCGGACAAGUCCUAAAGAAAGGAACUGUUUCAAGGCGGGAUUCUUGAGCGGGGAGAGAAAAAAUCUCAGCAAUAGUUGGCAACAAAGUCUGAUAUUACGCUGGGAACUCCCAGGAUUUCGCCAACAACAUUUGAUUCCAAAAACCUGGAUAUACACAACGCAAAUAUGAUUUUGUUCCGCCUCUGCUGGCUGGCACUUUCUUUUCAUAUAACAGGAGCAAUUUUGGACAUCUACCUAAUCACUAACCUCAGUUCGAACAAUGAGUUUUACCUUUCUUGCGUGUCUGCCGAGCGGCAUUCGGAUGGGUUGGUGCUUAAAAUGGAAAAGGAUAGCUCGAUAAUUAAAGUGACAAAAAACAAUUUCAAUUAUAUCAAAGACCCAGAGAAGCACAACGGGAUACGGGGAGUCGGCCCCUGUAAGCAUUGGGAACAGACUGGCAUCUACUACUGUGAAGGCAAACAACAGAUGGAGAAAACCCAUGUUGUGACAAUUAUUAACAGCAAUAAAGCCGAUUUCUACCCGAACAGACUCACAACCACCGUGAGCAAGGGGGAAACUGCUUUCCUUCAAGUGCAGAAGCAGAAUGUAUUGAACGAGGAUGUGAUGUUGAAGUGUAACGGUAGCUACAUCAGUACAAUCCACACAAAUGAAAUAAAAAAUGGAACUGUGCCCUUGGAGUUUGAGAAUGUCAGUCCAUCGGUCACCUGUGUUUACAGCACGACAGUUCUCAGUGGGAAUCUUCUGAAUGGGGCCUUCUUCAGGCUUAUCGUCCGAGCGUGUCCUGAUAAAAAAUGGGGUGCAUCUUGUGACAAAACCUGUCCUGAGUGCCUGAAUGGGGGGAUCUGUCACGAAGGUACUGGGGAAUGUAUCUGUGGUCCAGGAUACACAGGAGAGAACUGUGAACUGGUCUGCGAAGAAGGAAAAUUUGGUCGCAAUUGCCAAGAAGAGUGUAAAUCGCAGAGUUCCUGCAGUGGUUACAGGUUCUGUCUGCCCGAUCCCUAUGGCUGCUCUUGUGCUGCAGGUUGGCAAGGGAGGAAAUGCAAUGAAGUUUGUAGCCCUGGCACCUAUGGACCUGAAUGUUGGCUGAUAUGCCACUGUCAAAAUGGAAGAAGUUGUAAUCGAUUCCAUGGGUGUAAGUGCCCUGCAGGAUGGCAUGGCCUGAACUGCGAGAAAUCAGAUCACAUGCCUAAGAUAGUGGACACUUUUACCGAAGUUGAAUUGAACCUAAAGUCAAGCCCGGUAAUGAGAUGUUCUGCCACAGCCAUACCUUUGCCUGUCAAUGGGGAAAUUCACAUCCGUAAAUCAACCAGUGCGAUACUAAAGGCAAUGAAAUCCAUCAUGCAAGGGAACUUAACCACUUCAGAAUUCAAAUUACCGCAGGUUAGUCCACAGGAUGAAGGCAUUUGGGAAUGUGGAGUCAACACAUCUACUGGCACUGAAUCUAGGAGAUUCAAAGUCAUUGUAAAAGUGCCUCCAAUGCCAGUGAAUAUUCCAAGUGUCCUAGAAAAGAAAAGCAGGCAGCUAAAAGUGAAUCCAAACAGUGAGAACUUCACUGGAGAUGGACCGGUGAAAUCUGUUAAACUUCUCUACAAACCCAAUGAUAGUGGUGCACAGUGGUCAACGAUAGUAGUUGAUAACAACGAGCCGAUCACACUAAUGAACCUGAAGCCUUUGACACGUUACCUGGUUCGAGUCCAGCUGACUCGCCCCGGAGUGGGAGGAGAGGGACCUCCAGGUCCUGAUGCCAUUUUGGAAACAGAUUGCCCAGAACCCACCAUGGUGCCAAAGAUUGAUCGGGUCUUGACCAAGAAGAGGGACACCAUCUCCAUCAGCUGGAAUAUUUCCAAAGAUCACGAGAAUGGAAGUGGGUUCAUCGUCCAAGUCAUUGACCUUGAGAAUUCGGUGAAGAAAGUGAUCAGAGUGGAGCCAUUCUCCGUGCGAUCCACAGACAUUAGAGACCUGGAGCCUGGCCAUACAUACGAGAUGUAUGUCACAGCAUUCCACUGUGGAAGCCUUGGAACCCCAUCUGACCCAGUCAAAAUGCAAGUGGAUGCAGGUCCUCCAUCUCCCAGAGAGUUUCAGGCCAUACCCCUGUCCCUGACCAGCAUAACCUUGAAGUGGCAGCCACCUCUCAACACAAAGGAAAUAAUCAAGUACACCAUCGAGUACCAGCAGAUGGAGCCACCCAGCGAGCCUCGGUGGAUUGAUGCAGCAGUUGGAAAUCAAACCAUCCAAGAUCUGAGUCCCAGCACACUGUAUCAAUUCCGUGUCCGCGCCCAGUCCAAAAUUGCUGGUGAAUGGAGUGCACCCAUCAAAUCCUGGACCUUCAGCGACUCAAUUCCUCCAGCACCUUAUGAUGUUAAGGUAUCAAACAUUACCGACACAUCUGCAGUGAUCUCCUGGGUGGUCCUUCCAAAACAUGCCAUCUCCUCUGUGAUCAUAAAGUGUAAGGUCUAUGGGGCCACGACAUUUCCUGAAGUGACAACCUUCAAUUUGGCGGAGACGCCAACCUCGGAGCACGUCUUGCAUGGGUUGCAGCCCGAGACUCCCUACCUAGUCGAGGUUGUAGCCUUAAACAAUAAGGGUGAAAGCCACCCAAACCCAAUGAAAGAGCUUCGCACUGCAGCAACUCCACCAGCUACAUCCAGUGUGUUUCAAGUAGUGGGGAAUUUGGAACAGUCCCCUGGAAGUGACCAGCAGCUGUUGAUGGCCAUUGUGGCCUCAGUGUCCGCCACCUGUAUGACCAUCCUCUUGGCACUCCUGGGCCUCUUCUGCAUUCGUAAGACCCUCUUCCAGCGACGUCGAACCUUCACAUACCAAUCCGGAUCAGGUGAGGAGACAGUUCUUCAGUUUAACUCCGGGACGCUGACACUGACACGAAGGCCGAAACCGCAGAGCGAGCCUCUCACCUACCCCAUCCUGGAAUGGGACAACAUCAAAUUCGAGGAUGUCAUCGGAGAAGGAAACUUUGGACAAGUUAUCAAAGCGCUAAUUAAAAAGGAUGGACUAAAGAUGAACGCUGCAAUCAAGAUGUUAAAAGAAUUCGCCUCAGAGAAUGAUCACAGGGACUUUGCGGGAGAGUUGGAGGUUUUGUGUAAACUUGGACAUCAUCCCAACAUCAUUAAUCUGCUCGGAGCCUGUGAGAACCGAGGUUACCUGUACAUUGCCAUUGAAUAUGCCCCUUACGGAAACCUGUUGGACUUUUUACGAAAGAGCAGAGUUCUGGAAACGGAUCCAGUGUUCGCACGAGAGCACGGAACUGCAUCAACACUGACCUCUCAGCAGCUUCUCCAGUUUGCAUCUGAUGUUACAAAAGGAAUGCAGUAUCUCAGCGAGAAGCAGUUCAUUCACAGGGAUCUUGCAGCCAGGAAUGUACUGGUGGGAGAAAACCUUGUGGCUAAAAUCGCAGACUUUGGGCUGUCCCGAGGGGAAGAGGUGUAUGUGAAAAAGACCAUGGGGCGACUCCCAGUGCGCUGGAUGGCCAUUGAGUCUUUGAACUACAGUGUCUAUACAACAAAAAGCGACGUUUGGUCGUUUGGAGUGUUGUUGUGGGAGAUUGUCAGCCUCGGUGGAACGCCGUAUUGUGGAAUGACGUGUGCCGAGCUUUAUGAGAAGUUGCCUCAGGGCUUCCGAAUGGAGAAACCCCUCAACUGUGACGAUGAAGUCUAUGAAUUCAUGAGACAGUGCUGGAGGGAUCGGCCCUAUGAACGACCAACGUUUACGCAGAUAUCAGUGCAACUGAACCGCAUGCUGGAAGCAAGAAAGGCUUACGUGAACACGGCUUUGUUUGAAAACUUCACAUAUGCUGGAAUCGAUGCCACAGCAGAAGAAGUUUGACGCUGGGCUUGCCCACGUUUAUGUAGUUCCUGCUAAUGACUCAUCAGUCCUGUAGCCAAGGGAUCAGGUUCCAGUGACUGCACUACCUGUCCCAAGAUGCUGACUGCUUGCACUAGGAGCCAACAAGCCAGAAUAACCCAUGAAACAAGCAGCACUGGACCUGUGCAUUAUCCCAUGGCUGCGUGGAAUACUGUGUCUAAACUCUGGGGGUGGAAUAUGGAUCUUCCCACCAUCUCGAGAGUAUGAUCAUUUGCCCAGUUGCACUUGGAAAUCAGCAGUGGAAAUAGUAAUGUUUAUAUCCCUUGACAGCAGGACGAUUCUCGAGACCCAAACUCCUUGCAAUAAGGUCUGAGUUAAAUGAACCAGUGGCGACGGAAUCAGUCAAUUGGAACAUGUACAACUGGAGCAAUGCUUCCAUCACACUUGGUUUGUGUACUGACAUGUAUAUACACACAAAGCAUACACUGAGUAUUUCUUACUGCAUAAACCCCCUACUGCAUUGCCCAUAGCUUGGUGCCCACGUACGUGUACAUUGUGUGUUUGUGUGCCUGCAUUAGAAACUAUUUCAGUCAGCAGCUGUUGCAGUGGACGAUUCUGGAUCAGACUUCUUGGGUACGUGUGUGAAAGCGGGUUGUUUGAUUCAACAGCAAACUUGAAAGCAGACACUUGGCUGAGAACAGCUGGAACCUAACCAGUGACACAGGGCCAAUGAUUGUGGGUGUGCAUGGUCCCUUCUGCCACUGAAUGUCCCGAAGAUUGCAGGAAGCAUGUUCUGUGGUUCAUUGAAGUCCAUGCCAUCAAGAAUCUCUGUAUCCUGGUCUCUCCAAGGCAUGCUGACCCUUGGAUCUGGCAUAAAUAUUACUUAUAGCUGAUAUAACUCUUUGUAAAGUUCGGACACUGCUUCCACUGUCUGCAUCUCCGUUUAAUGUAAACAAUGUUUUUUUUUCUUGAUGUUCAAUAAAUCCAUGAAUGCAAUCAUCUGAAAUGAUCUGCAUGGAACA